AUGGAGCCCAACAGUCCUAAAAAAAUACAGUUUGCUGUGCCACUGUUUCAGAGUCAAAUAGAUCCUGAGGCAGCGGAGCAGGGCAGCUGGUGGACCCUAAUGAUUCUCCUUGGUUUAUGCAUGUUACAGAUCAGGAAAAGAAGGCCUACACCAGCAUCGCUCGUCAUCAUGAAUGAACACGUGCCCCCAGAAAAAGAUGAGAAGAGAACAAAUGUCUCGCAGGCAGAGUCGCAGAGCGGCUCUCCCAAGCAAAGGAAGCAGAGCGUCUUCACCCCGCCUGCCCUCAAAGGGAUUAAGCAUCUGAAGAGUCAGAGCGAUUCAGCAUUUCCAGAGGAAGAAGAGGGCGUUAGUGAAAGGGAAGAGGAGUGGGGUCAUUAA